AUGCAGAAGCCCAAGGGCCGAGGUGUCCGGCUCCUGGGGAAGUACCCGGUAAUUGAGGUGGUGCCUACCAAGAGCUGGAAAGGUGGACGCUUUGCUGAGAUCGUCCAACAGAUGCUGGGCUCCUGCGGCAGUCUGAUGUUGGCUGAGUGUUCCCUUUCCAUGGGGCUUUCGGGAGCUAUCCAUUGCAAUCUGAAUCCAAAUGGUAUUGAUCACCCUGUCCCCGCAGAAGGUAUUAAUCUGCAACUUGAAGGUGAAGGAGUUGAAUCGCCCUCUGUUAAGAACACUAGUACUCCAAAGGGGCCUGAGUCAAAAGAGACACCCAAGAGACAACAAGCGGAGCCAGAAAUAUCUAAGUCAGGGACUGUGAAGCUGACCAAGCCUGUGGCGUUAUGGACCCAGCAAGAUGUCUGCAAAUGGCUGAAGAAACAUUGCCCUAAUCAGUAUCAAAUCUACAGUGAGUCAUUCAAACAGCAUGACAUAACUGGCCGUGCUUUGCUGAGACUUACUGACAAAAAGCUUGAACGAAUGGGCAUUGCCCAGGAAAGCCUGCGACAGCACAUUCUGCAGCAAGUCCUUCAGCUGAAGGUGAGAGAAGAAGUCCGAAACCUCCAGCUACUUACACAAGAUCUCUACUUAAACCUGGAGCAUGAUUUUUUGAGGGUCAUAGAAAAGCAGCCAGUCCUUACAGCCCAUCAAGCCCCAGCAGAGAGCUCUCCAUAAACAUUUCCAGCCUCUAAAGCUGCUGUCCUGCCACUUGAUAUGAAAGCGAACUUUCCUUCAUGAAAAAAACCCAUAAUAAAUGGCACUGCCAGAAGGUGACCAUGGAGGAUUGAAGACAAACUUGAAGUAAAAUCAGCCCGCUGAAGAUGAUGUGUUCUGGGAAGACCUGGUUUGCUGUGGAGUAAAAUUGUGGUGCAUAAUACCCAGUGCUAAUUUGUUGAAAAUGGUCAUUGACAGACCUUUAGCUGGAAAAUUUCUUCCAGUUUUCAUCACUGUGCAUAACUUUUGAGUUCCCUUUAGGGGACUGUCUAUGCCCUUCACUAGAAGUCCUGUUUUAGCAUGGCAACUACUGGAUUCUUUUAUUAUGUAUGCAGAUGGCAUGAUGUUUUAGGAAAAACUUACAGCAAUUCUCCGAUCUCAGUGGAUAUGUUCACAAUAUUACACCCCGGUAGGAAUGUAAACGUCUUGUAUAUGUUAGUUUUGCAGUCUAAUGGUAUUCUGUUAAACAAUAUCAGCACUUCAUAUGUGCUUUCUGCACAGAACUAGCACAGUCCAUAUAUAUAUAUAAUGGUCUUUUUUUAAAAUACUGAGGAUACGUUUCAGUGUUUGUGCUGAGACUGCAUCCAAACUGAAGUCCACUACUAGCAUACCUUCACCAAUUCACAGUAGAUUGUGUAGAUAGAUUUGCACGUGGCAGAGGUGUGACUUCUUUUACGAAGACUUAGAUAACAGCUGUCACAGAGGUAGCCAAGAACAGGGUAGGUUGAAUGAGCUGUAGGACACUGUGUCUGCUCUCCCUCUCAUCCACCAAAUAUCACAGGUUCUCGUUUCUAGUGUACCAAUGUGUUUUCUUACUCGGCAAGGGAGAGGCAAGGGAGAGAGCCUUUCUCAGAGAUCUGUGUGACCCUGGGUUUGGUCUACGACAAAACCAGAAUAAACUGGAAGAAUUCAGGUUCUUUAUGCUGGCCACCAUUAUAUUUUGGGCAGGGCUGGGGAAUUGUAGUCCAAACCAAACUCUCUGAACAAGGUAAAGUGUAAGACUACACUUCUAAGGAGCAAGACACUCCCUUUGGAGAGGGCAGACUUCAUUAACUUUUUCCACUUUCUAUCCAAAACACUGUUUCGGUAGGAACUGGGAAUAAGCAAAUGGUUCCAAUAAGCCUUUCAAUGUACUGUAGCAGGCUCAAGACUGUUGCAUUCAAUCUGAGUGUUGUUUUUCGUUCAGUCUGAAUGGCUGGCCUCAUCUCUGGCUGUAUCACAGCUGGCUGUGGUACUGUUUCUUCCAUGGGGACUCAGUGGAAUUAGUGUCUGUCCCUCACAUCGGGACCUUCUUGACACACUGUAUAAUGAACUGAUGCCAUCAACAUACUGAGGGGACUUACCUAUUUGUUCCUUCUUUCUUUAAUAUCAAGGUAGCUUUUCGUGUAUUUAAAGACCAUCACUCUCUCCAGUCUGAUAGACAGGUACUACAGAGUCACUGUUAGCAUAUAUGCCAAACUGUGGGUGAGACACCAUACUGGUGUGAAGAUGCAGCGAUGGAGAGAAGGUGCAGCUACAUCAAGUCAAAGGGACCUUUUUAGAGGAAGCUCCUGUGUUAUAGUUCUUAAAAACUAUUGUACAGUUCAUUGCUAGAGAAUGGAAGGUCAACCACUGAGGGUGCCUGCACAACCAACAGAUAAAUAUCGCUAGGGCUUAAUUUUUUUCAGAUGGGUAUGGGCUUAGGUUUCAGCUCUCCACCCAUCUCAGAUUCAGCAUGUUGGAUAUUUCUAUAGUAUUCAUUCCAAAAGCAAAUUAUUUUUAUUGACGACCAAGAUUUUCAGAAGUCACUGGUGAUUUCUAACCGUUUGGGUCUUUCCAUGGGUUUUCAAAUGGAGCUCCCAAGAAUUACAAAGCAGUAAGCUUCUACAUUCUCUUUCUGAAAAUCCUGGUCCCUAAUUUGAAAUUAAUUGGUGUAAAAAGUCUCCUUAAGACAUAAGAAUCUUUGCCAACAGCAACAUUUGCACUUUUUAGAGUUUUUCACAGGGUUGCAGGUUGGAAUCUGAUACCAAGAGACCUGGCCAUGUGCGUGGCACAGGUCCACUGUAAGCUUCAGCAAAUUUUACAGCUCUUUCUGCUACAGGUUUUAAAAAUGCGCUCUGGCAACUGACAUCAAUGUCAUGUUGGUACAGCAAUUAAAAAAACCCACUUUGAUAUAAGUUAUUUUAAAAAGAAGGAGAAUGCUAUACUUCUGCAGUAGGAAUUCUCUUAUUUUACUACCCAGUGAAAAAAUCCGGAAUAAUUUGAAUGGUAAAACAAGAGUUUAUCAGAGAGUGUUAUCUUAAAAGGGCGUACGAGAAGAAGUUGAGUUAGGCAGAGAGCCACUAGAAGCAUUUUUUGUAUCAAUGUUAGUUUUGAACAUUUUCCAGUAUAUGGGCAUGAAUUUAGAUGUGUGCAUUUCUCCUGUUAAAACAGUUUGUUUUAAAAGCUUCCCUGGAUUUUAGCUACGGUGACCUAGAAAAGCAGUGUUAUAGGCCCUGAGAAAUGUGAAAAUCAAGUCCAGACCCUUGUGUAGCCAGACUCGGUGAGAAGUCUGCUGUAGGUGCCUAUCGGACAAAUCUCCUUUGAAGCUGGUGUAGGUCUCCAUCCUACAGCCAGCCUGUGCAUGUGGAUAACUCCAAGCAUAGUUCCCCUGAGCCCUGUGACACUUCUCACGUGUGUAACUGUCUGCAGGAGCCAUAAGGAAAUAACUGUACUUUUUGGCUUGUGUUUAACUAUUCAUCGUGUUUGGAUUUUUUAAUCACUGUUAUUCUCCCAAAGUAGGCCAUGCUUCCUCAGGGAUAUUUAUGAAAUUGUUCUACAUCUACCGAACAACUAUCUGGAUCCCAGCAUAUUCUUCUGAAAACUUUUUAAUAUAAAUAAACAUGUGGGAGAGAUUUUUGUUAUUAUGAAUGGGGGCAGGUACUGUAUUCUCGGAAAGGCUAUUGAGUGCAGACAAUCAAGUCUAUUGCAUUUUUUAUGCCGAACACCUUAUUAAUAGCAGACACAUCCGCUUUUGCCUGGGUCACAGGAACAGUUCAGGGGAAAGAAUGCUUUAUCUCUAGUCAAUAAAUCAUUUAUGUCGAGAGUGCCAAAGACCAAGUCAACAUGAAAGGGAGCGAAUAAGUUAUUCCGGCAAAGGAAGUGAAUUUAAAUACGCUCAGAGCCAUUAGUUCGGUGCAAAAGAGUAGGAGACUAAUGCUAUUUUCAUAAAACAACCGUUAUCAGCCUUGUGGAGAUAGAUAAAUUCGCAAAGGCCAGUGCUGCCGUUAUAUUGAUCACUAGUUAUUAUCUCUAAUUAUCUACCAGUACUGUGAUCAGGACACUGUUCUCCCUGUGCAGACCUGCAGCCUUCCUCCAAUGCCCGGUGCCUCUCCCUGCUGCCGUGCUCACCUGGUUCCUUUGUGUCAAGAAAGGUUGCAGCAUCAGACCCCGCUAAGAAAUGCUGACAGGGCCUCAGCCAUCCCAGCUGCUUCAAACCAUGGGAAGACCUGCGCUAGAAACCUGAAGGAAUUGCUCACAUCCGAAAACACACUGCAGCUGAAAGCAUCCUUUGUGCUGUUUUGUUCCUUGUUUUUUAAAUCUGCGUGGCUUUCUGUGCCUGAACACCCACCAUUUAUUCUGCUGAGGGAAUUGCAGCCUUCCAGGAGGGGAGUUUGAAAAAGCUCUGCGAGCUCUUUGGUUUUGCCCACCCAGCUGCAUGGCGAUGCUCUACCGGUGGGUUCAUCCCUCCCUGUCUGUUCCUUAGGGUAAGUAAGUGUUGUCACUCAACAGCAGCUGCAGCGUCGUUGAGGAAAUCAAACCAUUAAAAAUGACAAAAUUCUGGUUUUGUUUUGCCCUGUAUUUUCAGAAGACCCCAGGCCAGACCCCCGGCAGACUUACAUUGGCGCUACUCCAUCAGAGUCUCCAGAGAUGUGUUGAUUAGUGCCAGCCAUGGAGCCAGGCCUGGGGUGGUUUUUUUGUCAUCACUAAAACUAACCUCCUUCCACCCGCCACAAAGCCACAGGAUCUCAGUUAUUCAAAAUUGUCUCAGGCAGGCAAAGUAAAAUCCUGCAUCUUUCACGUGGGUCCCCUUUUAACAAUUAACAUCUCUGCCAUCAGAGUCUCCUUGAAUGGCCCCGCUGCAGGACUGUGCUGCAAUUGACCCUGGUAUAUAUAGACUGUGGUCAAUAAGAUUUUAAUGUAAAUAGAAAAGGUCCUCUGGUAUAAUUAAAAUUGAUGGGUGAGGGGGAAAGUACUACCAGCAUUACCUGCAACCUCCUAUAGUAAAAUUCCGGAGAGUUAUCUGGAGUGCAAAAAAACCCCACCAACAUAACGUAUGGGUGAUUAGGCAGGCUCAUGAGGAUAAAUCGGCAAGUAAGAAAAGUAGAUGUUUGAUGAGGGAAGCCAAAAAAUGUAUGUGAAGUCAGUGGCCAAUAGGUUAGGGCUGGUAGACCAAAGGCUUUACAUAUAUCCUGACAAAUACCAUUGUAGCAAAGCUAAGUCUGAUGUUAGACAGGCACAGCACAGUGAUUACUCACAGUACAUGCAAAAACCAACAAAUAUUCUUGGUUUUUAUUUGAAAGCAGUAGAAGGAGGGAGUCAGCUUGCACGUUAAAAUGUAAUUCCUCCUACUCCAUCAGUAAUUAUGGGUAAUAUUAAGCAGCGACUAUCCAAACAUAUUUUUAAAUUUGUAGAACCAUUAACUGAAUCCAAAAGUGAAAGAAAACUUGCCUAGGACUCCUCAGAACCGGAAAGCAUAAAAGAAGCUUCAAAUGACACUAAAAACCCAGUAAUUCAAAAGAAUGAGUGAUUUGACCCAGAAAACUAGAGGCUCAUUAGCUUCCUAUCAGUCUUAGGCAAAACCAUGGUAAGGUUGAUAUGGCACAGUCGUUAAAGCAAUUAAAAAUUGAUAAAACCCUCCAAAUGAUUUUCAUAGAAAUGUAUCAUGCCAAAUAAACUUGCUAUCAUUUUUUGUGAUAUCAAAGCCUUGUUGAUAAAAGAAAUUCUGCUGGCAUACUAUACUUAGCCUCCUAUAGAUCAUUUGAUUCUGAUAAAGAACAAAAUAGCACAACGCAAAAUCAAUAUCGCCCAUAUUAAGUGGAUUAAAACCGAUUACAAGCCAGAUCACAAAAAAUAGCUGUAAAUAUUAAAUUAUCAUCAGGGAGACUAUUUCUAAUGAGCUCCUCCCAAGGUAUGCUCUAUUUUCAAUAUUCCCCCCAGGGAAAGAGAAAAUUACUGUUGGCAGCAGCCAGAGGUGACAAAAGCAGGGGCUCAGUAAAUAAUGAUAUGGAGCAGGUCAGUGGUAGAGAGUAACCUGGAGGACGGCAAAGUCAGAAAUCCCGGAGAGAUGGCGGCAAGUCCCACUUAGAGGCAUGGGGAGUACGUCUGGAAGAAUAUAGUGACUGUGAAGGUGUGAUGAAUAAUCUGUUCAGCGUCAGCCCCAGAGAUGCUCUUGCCAGCUGGGAUGUAGGACCUGGCAGUAGCGAUGCUGUUCCAGUUUGUUUGGUUACUGCCCGUCUUUCAAAAAGGGUAUCGACAACUUGGAAAGAUGAUUUUCAAUAGCUCCCAGUGUCAUUCAAGGGCAGGAAAACAGGUCUUAUUAUAGUGUCAGCCUAAUGAAGCUCAAGCUAUUAAUUUAUCAGAGGCAAUUUGAAGAGGUGACUUGAUCUCCGUCUGCAAUCACAAUCUUCUACCUGGGCAGGGAAGUGCUAUCUGAAGGCAGGUAGCUCUUUUAUUUAGAAGAAAAGGGAAUGAUGUGCUCUACUGGUUGGAAACUGAUUUCAGGCUAGAAAUUAAGUGCAAAUGCUCGACAGGGAGGAUAAUUACCCAUGGAGACAACUUACUUAGUUACCUGGCAUGUUCUCCAUCACAUAAAGUCUUUAAAUGUAUGCAGAGUAUUUUUCUAAGUCAAUAAGCUCUACCUCAAACUGAGAUGCAGGCUCGGUGCGGCAAUUACUGGAUGAGGUUAUUAGGCAUGUGUUAUGCAAGGAUUAGACUAGAUCAUCAGAUGUAAACUUCUAAAUUAAAAAUAUCUUGAAGUUUCCAAUAUUACAGGAAGGCAGGGCAACCUAUAUCCAUUUUUUCACACAAAAUGGUCUUAAUUUAAACAGCUUAUGUGAACAGAGCUAUGCUUGCCAGCAUUUGGCCUGAGUGUCAGUAGGUCUGCUUGCAGUUGCAAGGUCCUUCUGUGCGUAAUUAAAGGAAGAAAACCAGAUAAGAAAGGACAACACAAACCCUUGGACAUAUAAAGUCUGUUGUCUUUCAUUAAUAACAGCCUGAGACAAAAUGAUGCACUCAAACGACGGGGCCAAGUGGAAGUGUAGUCUGAGCAAGGAGUAACAACUGUGGGUUUGCCUUUUAAUUAAGGAGGUAGCAUCUUGCUGGCAAGAAACAGAUUUUCUUGCCUUCAACAACUGGCAGAGAAGCUGUGGUGCUGAUUGAGAAUUGUAUUGUAUCGCUGUGCAGCGGAACACAGUACAUGAAUUCCUUGCUUCAAAGACAGCAAACUGUUCCCGCUAUCAUGACGAGCCCCAUCGGAGCCGGUUAAUAAAGCCCUAGAAGUGAAACGACUUCAGUGGGACUACCCAGAGUAAUGAGAGCUGCUCCCAGCGGUGGCUUUUUGCAAGAUUGGGCCCUAUUGCCAUUGGCUGGUUUGAAUGUUGUACCUUAGAAAUAAGCAAAGGAGCGCUCGGCGUCUGAUUCAGGUUUCACAAAACCGCUGUCAAUAGAUGUGAGGCAAGUACCAACUGUCAGAGCCACCUUCUACCGUGCUUCAUCAGGCGGUGGGGAACAGCGCAAACUACAAUGUACGUUUUAAAGAGUAAACAGUUCACGCAGACCAGAGAAACUAUAAAAGCAAUACUUACGGCAAAUUGGUAUUGAAUCAACAUCAAGAAGCUGAAACAAGAAGGGAGCUAGCUAUGGCCAUAGCUAAGAAGAUAAAGAUCUUUGGGGAUUCUUGCUCUAAUCCAGUGUGAAAUCCUAAGAAAAUGAGUUUGGUCUAGAUUUAUUGUUUAAAGAACAUUGGUACAUGCUGGCCGCCUGUCAAAUAAAUUCUGCGGAUCACUGGCUUGUGUGCGUGAUGGCUUACAAGUGUCCUCAUGCUGCUGAGACACCUUGCAGCUUUGGGGGAGAGCUGUCCUUAACAGGCACGUCUGGGGUCAGGCUGGACGGAGAAGAAGCUGAACUUGCAAAUGACUAUAUAACGUCUGCUUCUGCCAUAGAAGUAGGAUUGUCAGCAUUAUUAUAACACAGCCAGGCUUAGUCUGAGAAUGAGACGAAAAGCUCCUUUCUGAUUUUAAUUCCAAAUAUAUAAAUUCUUCUUCAGAAAAGAAAAGUCCUCUGUAGCUGUUGUCACAUCUCUAAUCACGUUACUUCUAUUAAGCAGUUGCCUUGAAUUCAUCUAUUUAAUGUCAUAAGUCACCAAAUUAAAUAGCGAUACACAGGGUUUUUUUAAAGCAGGGAGAUCGAUAUUGCAGCAAAACUGCAUGUAAGCAAUAAGAAGCUGUGCAGAGAAAAAAAAACAAAUCGCAAUCUGCCCCAUCAGAUGCUUAGGGGACUUGGUUGGUUGGUUGGUUUUCUUUAUUGAGAGCACGGUUUUAUGUCUAGACAGAGGUUUUCCCUACUGAGCCAGACUUCGGUCUCAAGACUAGUCCAGAUAAAGAAAUGUUUGGAGUCCUCUUACCACUUCACCGGCAUCCCUUGUAUGCAAGAGGCUCCUUCUCUGCUUUGCUUCUGAGAAAAGCACAGAGGGACAUGAGCUUCCAGCCUAUGCAAAGCAUCUCAGGAUGAGACCCAGAUCUCAGCCUGCUCCCUGAGUCCCACGCCACUGACUGGGGCGGGGAAUGGGGCCACGUUGGGCUAACCCGCAAAUGAAGCCCAGUGUCCUGUGCCGUGCUGAGCGCUCUCUUGAAGCCAUUGCAGGAGACACAUUACCUUGCAGAAUCGGACCCUGCGUUUCUGGGCACCAGCUGGGGUUGCUGCUGUCUGCUGGGCUUCCCCUAAAAUAGAGAUGAACUGCACAGGGCAAUGUGCACAGGGGAAUGACCAGCAUUUCCCCAAAGAGGCUGCAUGCUCUGAGGAGAAGACUCCUUUGCUUUGCACUAAGCUGCUGGGGUACUUGGUGAGCAUAAGAGGCAUAUUUUUAACUUUCUCAGAGUUAUUGCAGAACCUGAAAGUGGCAGGGACAUGCUUUGGGACGUGCUGGGCUUUGUUUUCAGUUUCUUGUAGGGACUGUAGCUGUAUCGACCUGCCUCACAAAAUCAUUUCUUUUUCACAAGUGGGGGGUAAGAUGGCAGUAGUGCCUGCCCGACUGCACAGCGUAAACCAGCAAAGGGGGCUCUAAAUUUGGGCUCCUCUGUUUUGAGGAGCUAAAUUUAAGGUUGAUUGAACCUGACUUUGGGAAGAGCAGAUAGCUGGCAGCUGGAAUGAUAGCCACACCUGAGCUGUCUCCAAAAGUUGCCCCCAGAUCCGUGGCCCAUGUACGGAUCAGAUGCUGGCGCGGCGGCGGUGGCAGCGGCAGCUGAUGAUGGACACGAGCUGCAGGGAGCGAGGGGGAGGCUGCAAUCAAGGUCCCGGGAAUCUGGUGGCCUGAUGGGGGAGAGCUGGAUGCAGAAGGGCUGAGUGCAAGCUCAUGGCCAUGCUGUAUGGUCAAAACGGUCUCUUGUAGCCGGCGAGUUGUGUCUGGUCCAGCUGCCUUUGGAGUCAGUGCUGGUUUACGCUCACUAAGGCAAUACUCUAAGUCAGUGAUCUUUUAAUGUUAACUUGGUUGAAAAUCUAGGAAAAUGCCAGCACUCCAAUGGUUAAAAAGCGACGCACUGUUAUUCCUGUGGCUGAACUUUUUUAAGACGGAGCCAAACGAGAUGGCAUAAGACAAAAGUGUGCCUUUUUGUUUGAUGUACACUGCAUUUCCCCAGGCAGCCAAGGUGUUCAUCUGUACACCAGUGCUUUUCUUCCCAAAACAAAAAUUAUCAUGCAGUCUAAUUUUUAGUAUACAAAGUGGCCAUCACUGUUAAUUCUACCCUACAGUUUUUAUAUUUACUCUUUAAUUCCUUCUGUUUUCAAAGAUCAACAAAAAAUAAAACCCAGGUGGGAGGGAGGAAUUCUUUUAAACUAUGAAAUUAGAAUCAAUAUCAAAUUUUUGGUAUCUUUGGGCAUGAUCUCUGGAAGCUUUGGAUAUCUGCUUUAUCAUUUUGUAUAUUUGACAAUUUUGUACUCUGCAUUGUUUGACUUCAUUUGUGCAUGGCGAUGUAUUAAAACAUGGAAUUUUUAUUAUACAGUAAAA